AUGUCAGACACUAUGGAUGCCAUUGUCAUAUCGCGGUUCGGCGGGCCCGAGGUGCUCGAGCACCGACGGGUACCCAAACCCACACCCGUCGCCGGCGAGGUGCUGAUCCACGUCAAGGCGUUUGGGGUGAACCACGCCGAGAUGCACAUGCGGCGGGGCGAGUGGGACGAGUGGAACGCCAUCAGCGGGCUCGAGUGCGCGGGCACGGUGGCGGCGUGUCCGUGUGGCUCAGUGGCCGUAGGCAGCACGGUCGUCGGCGUCAUGGGCGGCAUGGGCCGCAGCCGGCCAGGCGGAUACGGCGAGUACGCCAGCGUGCCGGCGUCCAACGUUGUCGCCAUCACCGCGGGCACGCUGCCGUGGGAGCAGCUAGCGGCGCUGCCCGAGACGUACAGCACCGCGUACUCGUGCGUGUUAACCGUGCUCGACGUGCGGGCGGGCGAGCGCGUGCUGAUCCGCGGCGCCACGUCGACGCUCGGCCAGGCCGCGCUCAACCUGGCCGUCAACGCGGGGGCCACCGUCACGGCCACGACGCGGCAGGAGGCGCGCUUCGCCGUGCUCGGGCAGAUGGGCGCGGCAGACGUCAAGCGCGAGCAGGACGAUCUGGGCGCGCAGUUCGCGGAGCCGCCUCGGUUCGACAAGACGCUGAACCUGAUCGGCAACCGCGCGCUGCUGGAGAGCAUCCGGCUGACACGGCCGGGCGGGCGCAUGCUGCAGGCCGGCUGGCUGGGCGGGCUCGAGCCCGUGCCCGACUUCAACCCCAUGCUGCAGAUGGAGAGCGGCGUGCACUUCAGCCUGUUCCACAGCAAGGUGCUGGGCUCGCGCGACUUCCCCCUCUCGGGAAUCCCGCUGCAGGAGACCGUCGACAAGCUGGCGCGGGGGGAGUGGGAUGCGCGGCCCGCCCACGUCUUUGACUAUUCCGAGAUUCGCGAGGCCCAUAAGCUGCUGGAUAGCGGCAAGGCCGGGGGCAAGAUUGUUGUGACGCGCGGCUAG